AUGCAGGUAGAAAAAGAUGCAAAGCCUAAUGGUGAUGCCAUUAUGAGGGAAAUUUCAGUGAAGCGAAAUUAUACACGCUAUUCUGAGCAGGACAAAGUGAGCUUCUUCAAGUUGACGUUUAAGAGGUAUUUGAGUGCGGCCGCUGCUGCAAAACUUGGGGAUUCGUGUGCACAAAAAUGGGCUGCACAAUACAAAAAAAAAAAUCCCGACAGCAUCUUUGAGAAACACAGAAAGACUGGCCGUCCAUGUAUUCUCCUUGAAGAAUACAAACCCGCUAUUCACGAGUGUAUUGAUGAGAGUCCUUCCAUCGUCCUAGACGAAGUAAUGAAGAAGUUUAACUCGUUUUAUGGCGUGGUCAAAGAAAGUUGUAACAGCAGUGAUCACAGUUCUCAAAAUAUGAGCAACAACAACAACCAUUUUGGGCGCGAUUUCCACUGA